UCCUUCAUCAUCCUCCACCUCCGACCUCCUCUCCGAACCACUUUCCAGAAGCUCCCCCCAACUCCCGGCCGAGGAUGUGCGGGAUCUUUGCCUACCUCAACUACAAUGUCUCGCGGGAGCGCCGCUACAUCCUCGAGGUGCUCCUCAACGGCCUCCGCCGCCUCGAGUACCGCGGCUACGACUCCUCCGGGAUAGCCGUCGACGCCGACCUCCUGUCCUCCGCCGCCGCGCCCUACGCCGGGGCCGCCCCGCUCGUGUACCGCCAGGAGGGCAAGAUCGAGAACCUCGUGCGAUCCGUCUACUCCGAGGUUGAUGAGAAGGAUGUCAACUUGGAUGCCGCAUUCAAUGUGCAUGCUGGAAUUGCCCACACCAGGUGGGCUACGCACGGUGUGCCCGCCCCGAGGAACAGUCACCCGCAGUCUUCUGGCGCCGGUGAUGAGUUCUUGGUCGUGCACAAUGGCAUCAUCACAAACUAUGAGGUUCUGAAAGAGACGCUAAUUCGGCAUGGGUUUACCUUUGAGUCUGACACUGACACAGAAGUCAUCCCAAAGCUAGCAAAAUUUGUUUUUGAUAAGGCUCAUGAUGAAGAAGGUGAUGUGACAUUUAUCGAAGUUGUUAAUGAAGUCAUGAGGCAGCUUGAAGGAGCCUACGCCCUUAUAUUUAAAAGUCCACACUACCCCAACGAAUUGAUUGCAUGCAAACGAGGCAGCACACUGAUACUUGGUGUCAAUGAAUUGAGUGGUCAAAAGAUUGGGAAAUCAUUCCACGAUGUCAAAGCACUGACAGCAAAUGGAAAGCCCAAAGAACUGUUUUUCUCCAGUGAUUUAUGUGCUAUUGUGGAGCAUACUAAGAAUUAUUUAGCUAUUGAAGAUAAUGAAAUAGUUCAUAUUAAGGAUGGUAGCGUGUCUAUCCUUAAGUUUGACCAUGACAAAGAGAAGCCAGCGUCUGUAAAACGAGCAUUAUCUGUUCUUGAGAUGGAAGUUGAACAAAUAAAGAAAGGAAGCUAUGACCACUUCAUGCAAAAAGAAAUCCAUGAACAACCACAUUCACUGACAACAACAAUGAGGGGUAGACUGAAGGAUGGUGGAGUUCUUUUGGGUGGACUGAAGGAGCACCUUAAAACAAUCAGACGCAGUAGAAGGGUAGUCUUUAUUGGCUGUGGCACUAGUUAUAAUGCUGCGUUAGCUGCGAGAACUUUUGUGGAAGAACUUACCGGUAUUCCUGUGACUAUGGAGGUUGCAAGUGACUUGCUGGACAGGCAAGGCCCUAUCUACAGAGAAGACACUGCAGUUUUUGUUAGCCAGUCAGGGGAGACAGCAGAUACCCUCCUUGCUCUUGAUUAUGCACUAGAAAACGGAGCACUUUGUGUUGGCAUAACAAACACUGUUGGAAGCACACUCUCAAGAAGAACUCACUGUGGAAUUCAUAUCAACGCUGGUUGUGAGAUUGGUGUUGCUAGCACCAAGGCAUACACCAGUCAAAUAGUAGUCAUGGCAAUGCUGGCAUUGGCUAUUGGUUCUGACCAAAUAUCCACUCAACCUAGAAGGGAAGCUAUCAUCAGUGGUCUUUCCAGUCUCCCAGGCCAUGCCAGUGAAGUUCUGAAACUUGAUUCUGAAAUGAAGGAACUUGCCUCUUCGUUGAUCGACUCGGAGUCUCUCCUUGUGUUUGGAAGAGGUUACAACUAUGCCACUGCCUUGGAGGGUGCCCUCAAAGUUAAGGAGGUUGCACUGAUGCACAGUGAAGGCAUGUUUGCUGGUGAGAUGAAACAUGGGCCGCUAGCACUAGUUGAUGAAAACCUUCCAAUCAUCGUCAUUGCAACACGUGAUGCAUGCUUCAGUAAGCAACAGUCAGUGAUCCAGCAGCUCCUUUCUCGUAAGGGGCGUUUGAUUAUCAUGUGCUCAAAGGGAGAUGCAUCCGCUGUCAGUCCCAGUGGAUCUUGCAGAGUGAUUGAAGUUCCACAGGUUGCUGAUUGUCUCCAGCCAGUGAUCAAUAUUAUUCCAUUACAGUUGCUUGCAUACCAUCUUACUGUUCUUCGUGGAUUUGAUGUCGACCAACCAAGGAACCUAGCGAAGAGCGUGACCACACAGUAAAUAGUACAUGAAAAAUCUGUGCAUGGGAGUCGGAAGCAUUCAGAUAUGAGAAAUAUUCAGAUGUUUGUAUCAGGGUUCUGUUAUAGAGGGCAGGUUGGCCAGCUGUUGUCUCAGUAUUGUUUCUGGUAGCCGUGAGAUUCACGAUAGUCUAAUUAUUGUAGAUGUUUGAGGAGGUUAGCAUCACAGUCUGUUGAUCAGCUCACUGAAAAUGUAUGAAUGUUGCUGCAAAAGGAAAGCGUGGCACUUUUUA